GUCGCCGGCCCGCAGCGGGGAGCGGCCAUGGAGGGCUGGGUGCGCUUCAGCGCCCAGAGCCAGGCCAAGGAGCGGCUCUUCAGGGCCGCGCAGUACGCCUGUGCCUUGGCGGGGGACGCGCUGCGGAGGAACGGGGCGAGCGCCGGCGUCCUGGCCAGCCUUCAGCAGCUGGAAGCUCACCUCAGCCUGGGCCGCAAGCUGCUACGCCUGGGUAGCUCGGCCGAGGCGUUGGAGGCGGCGAAACGGGCCAUCCACCUGUCGGACAUGGUGCUGCGGUUCUGUGUCACCCUCAGCCACCUCAACAGGGCCAUGUACUUCGCCUGUGACAACGUCCUCUGGGCAGGGAAGACGGGGCUGGUGCCCAGCGUGGAGCAGGAGAAGUGGAGCCAGCGGUCCUUCAGGUAUUACCUCUUUGCCCUCGUUGUGAACCUGAGCCGGGAUGCCUACGAGAUCCGGAUCCUGAUGGAGCGCGAGGCGGGCGGGAAGCGAGCGAAAGGCGCCGGGAACGGCUGCCAGCUCCGGGCUGACACCGGGCUCCAGCAGCUGGGGCUGAGGCUGCAGAUCCAGCUCCAACUUCUGAUCCACGUCCUCCGGAACAACCCUCCUCUGCUGCUGGACGUGGUGAAAAACGCCUGUGACCUUUUUAUCCCUCUGGACAAGCUGGGGCUGUACAAAACCAACCCGGGCUUUGUGGGGCUGUGCGGCCUGACCUCCUCCAUCCUCUCCAUCCUCACCAUCCUUCAUCCCUGGCUCAAACUGAAGCCUUAGUCAUCCUCAGAGCCUGCCUCCGGGCUCCAAGCCGGCGCAGGCAGAUAUUUGGGGACCCUGGGGGGUUACUCCUGGGGCUGGGACAUGACUAAAGCUGACUGGCUCGGUCCUGUCGUGUGCAGCUGCGCGUUCCCGUCACGCCUGGCUGCCGUAAUAAAAACGGGAGGAAGGUG